AACUUCCUAGCUAGGUAUCUACAAUCCAAAAUGCAUGGUCCAUCCUCCGAUCCCCUAAUAAAUAAGAGAGUUUAAAAUUAAUUAUAACUUAGAAAAAGUGCAACUUUCAUAGCUAGGGUUUCCAUGAAUAAAUAAAGCUCUCCACAAACAAAAAAUUCACACAACAGCCAUUUCCUCAAAUCCUUUAUGAUAUAGUACGAGUAGUUGGCUGGAACUUCUUAGCCAUCACUUAACAUAAGCGUUUGAGUUGAAUACGUGCAUACACAUAUAUAAUCGAAUCGAAAAAAGAAAUGGAGAAGUAUGGGAAUUCAAAGAGCUGGAGUAAAGAGAUGGAGGUUGAUGAUGGAUCAACGGACAAAGAGAGCGAUAGCGAAAACGACAACACCGGUGUGGGAAGGACAUAUGAGUGCAACUACUGCAAGAGAGGGUUCACGAAUGCUCAAGCAUUAGGAGGGCACAUGAACAUACAUAGGAAGGAUAAAGCCAAAGCCAAAGCCAGACAACAACAACAACAACAACAAGCCUACACUAAUAAUAAUUUCUCUUCAUCAUCUUCGAUUUCUUUCAAGUCAACUGCUAUGGAGCCUGUAUCGCCCUACUCGUCUUCUUCCUUGGUACCUUUUCGUCAAGGGUACUACCCUUUUCCUAGUAACCCUAACAUAUUUUCGUCACAUCCAAAUCAUAAUCAUUUUAUUAACAGACGUACAACUCGACUUUUUGGGAUGUAUGAGGAUCAGUUGGGUGCGGAUUUAAGUUUAAGGAUCAGCUCAACCAACAUAGAUCAAUAUCAUCAACAACAACUUAAAGAAAAGAACAAGAAGAAAGAAGACAUCGAUUUGGAGCUUCGCUUAGGGUAUGAUCCAUAAUAUCGUAAUUUAUAUAUAUAUAUACAACUAUACUAAUGAAUAUGAAUAUGUAAUUAUACCAAUGUUCUGUGUGGAAAUAAAUACAUAGUUUGUU